GGAUGUUUCUUUAUCCAUGUACAUAUAUCGAUAUAUAUGGCGAAUACCUUUCAAAGUUAAGUGUAGGAAUCAUUAGAUCCUAGGUGCUUUUAGGCGCUUUACAUUUGUGUUUGUAGUAGUCAAUGCUGUUUUGAAUUGAAUUAACUUCGUGAACGUGCUGUAACUGAAACAGAAUGCCUCCGGCAGCAAACGGGAACGAGCCGGCAGCCGGUCAAACAGGCAGCCAUUUUGCAAGCGAAGAUGCCCCCGAACGAGCGAAUAAGGGCCACAUUAAGGAGAGACGCAUUUCGGGUGCGGGAAACACGCUUGUGUUUACUAUAAAAGAGGGCGUGGGUGCCCUAGCGAAGACUUUACAGAUAUUUACGCAGAACAACAUUAAUCUCGAGCAUAUUGAAUCGCGAAGCUCACAAAAGGUAAAGGACGCUUACGAGUUCAUUGUCAAUUUUGAUACAACGUACAAUGGCGACAUUCGAAAAUGCAUCGAAACUAUUAAGGAAAAUGCUGAGCACGUAACCCUGUGCACAAGGGAAAAGAUCUGCCGCCAUAUACGCGAGGAGGUUCCGUGGUUUCCACGUCGCAUUCAGGAUCUGGAUUUAUUUGCAAACCAGAUUCUCUCAUACGGUAGUGAACUAGACGCCGAUCAUCCGGGCUUCACUGACCCAGUCUAUCGCGCUCGUCGGACGGAACUGGCCGACAUCGCAUUCAACUACAAACAUGGUAAACCAAUACCGCGAAUUGAUUAUAACGAAAAUGAAAUCAAAACCUGGGGUAUUGUCUUUAGGCAGCUGAUGAAGAAAUACCCCACUCACGCAUGCCGAGAACACAAUCAUAUCAUGCCGCUUAUGGUGGAGCACUGCGGGUACCGUGAAGAUAAUAUUCCUCAACUAGAAGACGUAUCUAAUUUUCUCAAACAGGCGACCGGUUUCAUCCUACGCCCGGUAGCAGGACUUCUAUCAUCUAGAGAUUUUCUGGCAGGAUUAGCGUUCCGUGUGUUCCAUUCAACCCAGUAUAUCCGUCACCAUAUAACGCCAUUCUACACUCCUGAGCCUGAUGUGUGCCAUGAGCUCCUUGGUCAUGCACCUUUAUUCGCCGAUCCAGACUUUGCCCGGUUCUCCCAAGAGAUCGGACUGGCUUCACUGGGCGCACCUGACGAAUACAUCGAGAAGCUUGCAACCUGUUAUUGGUUCACUGUUGAAUUCGGCCUGUGUCGUCAAGAUGGCGAACUUAAGGCAUACGGCGCAGGACUGCUAUCAUCGUUCGGGGAGCUAGACUACUGCCUCAGCGAUAAGCCUGAAAUUCGGGCGUUUGAUCCGGAGGUAACCGGAAUACAAAAGUAUCCGAUAACAGAAUAUCAGCCAGUCUACUUCGUGACUGACAGUUUUCAACAGGGUCAACAGAAGAUGCGUGAAUUUGCACUGUCGAUUCCUCGUCCAUUUAAUGUUCGUUAUAAUCCAUACACACAGCAAGUAGAAUUGCUUAACUCUACACAUCAGCUGGAAAUGCUCGCGAAUGACCUUUCUAUUGAAAUGUCACUACUUACUUCGGCUCUUAAAAAGAUUCAAGAUUAAUUAAAGUUACUUGCUCAAGAAUAACUCGGCUGACGUGGUAAUAUACUUCUAUUAGUAUGCAUUUCGCACAGGAUUUUUUUUUAAUCUGUCAUCUAAGCUACUUUUAGCUGUAUUUGAGCUGAUCAUAGGUAUAACCUGCUGUUGUAAUAAAAUCAGUUAACGAUGAUUUGUCAUUUGAUGAUGUAAAGUCAUUCGUUUUUUAGUUUGUUUAGUUGA